AUGAGCGUGCCUGACUAUGGAGUCACCCACUACCAAUGUGGUCUGAGGGAGGAGCAAAGGAGAAGGAGGCGGACCCUCGUGGCAAAAGGUGUCGUGUCAUGCAGGUGUGAUACGCUGCUUCCAGUGAAAACAGUUCAUCUUGGUGAACCAGCCACAUUUACAUGUGUUAUAUCAAACACAAAAUCCAGCAAUAGAGGAAUCCACUGGUACAAGCAGAGUGUUGGAGAUUCUCUUAAUAUAAUUGUAACAUUGUUUAAUUCCGUAACAGAGUACGCACCAAAUGUUUCAAAAUCAAGAUUUGACUUACGUACUGAUGACAGUUUUAGUAACCUGACCAUUUUGAGCACAGUUGAAGAGGAUGAAGGAAUGUACCACUGUGGAGUCACAGAGUGGAUAAAGUCUAAAUGGAGUGGGACAUAUUUGUUAGUAGAAGGAAACACUGAGAGGACUGUUGUUCAGACAGUAUCAGAUCCAGUCCGUCCAGGAGACUCAGUGACUCUCCAGUGUUCAGUCCUCUCUGACUCUGAGAACAAGACGUGUCCAGGAGAUCUCAGUGUGUUCUGGUUCAGAGCUGGAUCACAGACAUCUCAUCCAAACAUCAUCUACACGGAUGGAGAUAUGAGUAAUAAAUGUGAGAAGAGAUCUGAGACUCAGAAGAGAUGUGUCUACGGCUUCUCUAAGGACGUCAGCUCCUCUGAUGCUGGGACUUACUACUGUGCUGUGGCAACAUGUAGAGAGAUAUUAUUUGGAAAUGGAACUAAACUGGAAGCUGAUCAAACAGCAAGUUCUGUGUUAGUUAUUGUGUUGGUGGUAGCAAUCAUCUGCUUGGCCAUUUCUAUGAUUAUAAAUCUAAUUUUCAUCUGUUGUGGAACUCAGAAAGGACUAUGUGGACAACAUGAAGCGACAAAAAGCAGCUCUUCACCAGCCAGACAAGACGAUGUGAGCCAACCAGUUAAAGAUAAAGUAAUUACAGUAACUCACAUUAUUUGUUAUUUCACUAGCAUGAUUCCCAACGGCUCUGUGUAA